GCAUCAUGCUCCCUACGUCGCCUGUGCGCCGAGCGUUGACCCCUGCUUCCUGCGAUAUUCUCCCUGCUCGCCGGCGGGCACCAUCGAUCCCUUCUGCCCAACGUCCGAUGGCCACAGCGUCGGCCGAACUACCAAUAGAAGAGCAUCACGCCCCCGACUUCCACCAAAUUCUAGAUAUCUUUGACGCUCCUGCUAGACUGGGAGAGUCAAGCAGGCUGCUCGCACGCUCUGCAUCUGUUCGUCGUCCCGCACCACCUAUCGAUUCUUCUUCUCGUAAGGGUAUCAGCAGCUCGGUACAAGCUCUGCCCGCUCCUAUCACGUUCGAUGGCCCAAGUCGUUAUCGCGGCCCCAGAGUGACAACGACAGCACGAGGGGCGCACAGCUCGUCUGCGGUCGAUAGCACAUCCCCGUAUUCUCUCCCAAGGCCAGAGACGUUCGAUGGUCCGUCACGCCUCCGGCCAUAUGCUCAUGCUAGUACCAGAGGUUCGUCUCAGACGUUGCGAUCGACGCCAUCUUCGCUGCUGCUCCUGGGAUUAGCUGGUGGUGUAGGUCUUGCAGGAUGGAAUCGUCAUAACUCGGCUGAUCGCGAGAGUGGAUGUGUCAAUUCAUCUGCUUAAAAUGAUUCGGCCUGCUUUUCUACAUCGCUCACGGGCACACCUUCACUCAACACCUCCGGGUUUGAGCAUCAAUCGGUGUAGGGUUUUGGGUUUUCAGGUUGUGAUACUCGCUAGACUUGUUAGAUAUCAUAGAGCGAGCCGCGGCGGCGGCGAUAGCGGUUGGAAUCCUUCCAUACAUUUUUAUACCAAAACGGUGGCAUGUACUGUAUGUUUGUGGCUUUACGAUGUGUAAACAUUGG